UUUUUUUUUUUUUUUUUUUUUUUUUUUUUUUACUUUUUUCUAUUCGGGUUCAAGAGAUGGUGUCAAACUCUUUUCUCAAAAGAUUCCGAAAACUAGAUGCUUAUGCAAAAACACUCGAUGACUUUCGUGUUCGAACAGCUACUGGUGGCACUGUGACUUUAAUAAGUGGAUUGACCAUCUUUGUGCUUGUUACUUUUGAAGUGUUUCGAUACUUGACACCUAUUAUGCAGUCUGAGAUUAUUGUCGAUGGUGGCAAAAUGGAAAAACUUCCCAUUGCUUUUGAUAUCACUUUUCCACAUGUGCCCUGUUACAUGCUCAGUCUAGAUGUCAUGGAUGAAAGUGGAGAGCACAUUAGUGAAUAUGACCAUGAUGUCUAUAAAGAAAGAUUGGAUUCAAAUGGCAACAGUAUCAUUAAAGAAAAGUCAGAAGAUUUGCGUAACAAGGCAGCUAGAUUGGCCAUGGAACAUAAUGGUGAGGUACCUGAGAAUUAUUGUGGACCUUGUUAUGGAGCCAAUGUCAACGAUGAAGAAAACCCUUGUUGUAAUACCUGUGAAGAAGUUCAACGUGCAUAUACAGAAAUGGGUUGGAGUGCUGAUUCUGAUAAUUUUGAACAAUGUGUAAGAGAAGGUUGGAAAGAAAAAAAAUUGGCACAAGCUCAAGAAGGUUGUCGCAUGCAUGGUACUUUAUCUGUCAAUAAGUUGCGCGGUAACUUUCACUUUUCGGCUGGACGUGCUUUGAACAAUGGAAGAUCGCAUAUUCAUGACAUGUCUUCCUUUGUUACGAACGAAUAUGGACAAAACUUUAUUCACAAUAUUCAUCUUUUCCAAUUCGGUUCACAAGAAUACAACUUGCAGAAACAGAAGCGAACAAAAUCAAGUACCAUCAUUCAUCCUCUUGAAGAAACCAUGUGGGGUUCAUCAGAAGCUGCCAUAAUGUAUCAAUACUUUUUGAAGAUUGUACCUACAGAAUUUGAUUUCCUUAAUGGAAAGCACCUUAGAACCUUUCAAUAUUCUGUCAGUAAGCAAGAGCAGUUGGUAAAUCAUGGCGGAGGUCUUCCCGGUGUUUUCUUUAUGCUUGAUCAUUCUCCUAUGCGCAUUAUUUAUUCAGAGACAAGACCUACAUUCGGCAGUUUCUUAACCAGUGUUUGUGCUAUUAUUGGUGGUAUCUUUAGUGUAGCCAGUAUCAUUGAUAGUGCAUUAUAUAGAGCUGAAAGAAUCUCUAAACAAAGAAAGCAAAUGUAAAUAAAAGAAGAAAAAAAGUCAUUUUUUUUUUUUACAUA